CAGGGCAGGACGAGGGAGAGACUUGAGAUGAGUAUAAAGGCUUCAUGGGAUUGGGAGGGAAAUAUUUGCUCAGUUUGGUCCACAGCUCAACCUAACUGGAGCUCCCCAGAUUACAGAAGUCACUCCACUUCCAGAAGAGAAAGAAGACGAGACCUUUGAAAAAUGCCUUACGUUAGACCGAAGUUCAUUGAAAUUCUGGAAAAAGCAAUGGAAGAUGGUGAAAAGAUGACUCGAGAGGAGAUGCUAUUUACUUAUGAUGGAGUUGUGUACCCUACAGCUCUUUGCAGCCCAGAGCAGUUCAAAGCUCUUGAAUCCUUUGAAGCAAGAAGCGAUGAUGUGAUUCUAGCAGGAUACUGCAAAUCCGGUACCAACUGGGUUGGCCAAAUAGUUACAGAUUUAGUAGUCACAUCUGCAAAGAAACACGAACCGGAGAAACUGAAUGAAAAAUUGCUACUUGCAGAAUUUCCUUAUCUUGAAAUUGGAGAUCUUGAAAAGUAUCAGAGGAUGAACGGCUAUCCCUCCAGGAGAGUGAUGUUUACUCAUCUCCGCCCUGAUAAGCUUCCAAAAUCCGUCUUCAAGAAUAAAGCCAAAAUAUUGCUGCUGAUUCGGAAUCCAAAGGAUGUCGCUGCAUCUUUUUUCCAUUUUUCGAACACCUUCGCUCCAUAUCCCCCUUAUGAUAAAUUUGAAGCAUACUUCCGAGCUUUAAUGGAAGGACAAAUGCCCUGGGGUUCCUAUAUUGAAUAUCUUUGCGUGUGGAACAAAUUCAUUGAUAAAGAAAAUGUCAUGCCAAUAACAUAUGAAGAGCUGAAAGAGAACACAGCUGCAGGAGCCAAAAAAAUAGCUGAGUUCUUUGAACUGAACCUAAGUGAUGAAGACUGUCUUGGUGUUGCAGAAAGGAGCAAUUUCAAAGCUAUGAAAGGCAAUUCCAAAUCAACUCAUGGAGGAUUUGGUGAUGUUCUUUUCCGUAAAGGUGGUGUAAGUGACUGGAAGACACUUUUCAGUCAAGAAAAUAGUCAGGAAAUGGACAGAAUAUUUAAAGAAAGAUUAGCAGGGACCAAGGUGGGAUCAAAUAUAAAAUAUGAUGUCUAUUGUAAAUAAUGAAGACUGAAGAACAGAUGUUACUACUAGGAGUGGAUUCACAAAUGAUACUCUGAAUUUCAAGGACAGCAAAAAACCUCAUGUUUUUGGAAUGAAUUCAUAAAUGUUAUAUCUAUAUGAAUGGG